UAUCAGAACCAACCCCCACCAAUUCCUUCUCCACCGGAACCCGCCCUUCCCUUCCGAUGAUACAUCUGCCGGCCCCUCCCCCGCUGCCGCCUCCGUGAACUGUUGUUUUCCGCCGCCUCCGCCGUUUCCUGACUCCCAUGUCCUCCACCUCCGCCUCCGCCUCCGCCUCCCCCGCCCCCGCCGCAAGCAGGAUGACGACGAAGACGCGCCCCUUCUCCGCUAGCGAACUGGCGCAUGAGGCCAAACGCGAGGCCGCCCCGAGCGUGGAGCGCAGGUCCUGGGCGGCCAUCGGCGCCAACUGCUGCCUUCUCCUCGUCGGCGUCGGCGGCGGCGCGCUGUUGGCAUGGUGGGCUCUCUCCUUCCACCACUCCAACCAGCAGCUGUGGAUGGUCCCCGUCGGCCUGGUCCUGCUGGGCACGCCCAUCUUCGCGUGGCUCUCCGUCUUCGUCUCCGGCGUCGGCCGGAGCCUCGAGCUACUGUGGGCUAAACCCACGGCGCCGCCACCUCCGGAUCUCGAUGGAGAGAGAUGAUCGAGAAGAAACAGCGCAACCAACCGACCACUCCUUGGGUGUGUUUUCUGCAACAUGUAAUUCGUCUUUUCUGGUUUCCAUCUCCAAGAGAUAGCAGGAAAACUACAGAGAUACAUAUUUCUUUGGUAAUUAUUUUGAUGUUGUCUUCCUCCUCAUCGUAAUUACGAGUCAUCGCAACCUUUUCUCCAA